CAGGGGGCUCCCAGCUGCUGGAUAACCUCUCCUUCUCUCCUGCCUUCACUGCUAACUCUGCUGGGGCCAAGUCAAGCUGCCCAACUUCUCAACGGCCUUGCAGGUAGAGGAGAAUCCAUAACAAGAUAAAGCAAAAAAGAGGAGGCAAGUUUUCUUUCCCAGUCCAGAAAAAAUAACCUGUUGGAUUACAAUCUGCAAACAGUGGAGAGUGCCAUCAUGAGCAACGAGGGGCCAGAGAAUCCCAUCGCAUCUGCACUGACCGAGGGCCUGAAGAGGAAGAGGGGGAGACCAAAGAAGAAGCCACAGGAGGAUGGUGGAAACACAGCUAUUAUCCCACAGGAUGGUGUGGAACCACAGCCAGUGAAGAAACCACGAGGAAGGCCAAAAGGAAGCAAGAAACUGACUGCUAUAACUGGGGGAAUGGCAGAUCCUUCUGCUGAGAAAAGGCCAAGAGGGAGGCCCCGCAAGUGGCCUCAAGCAGUGGUCCAAGAAGGAGAAUCUGAGGGAGGAAAUCCUCUGGAAAGCAGUGACUUGAAUUUGAACUCGGCACCAGCCACACAAGGCCUCACCAGUUCAAGGUCUGGCAAAACCACUGGUCUUAGGAGAUGUCUGAGUAACAUCUCUGCUGCAGCUCAGUAGAGUCCCACCUGCUCGUGUCUUGCUGAAGCCAGAGGACUGGAAAGCAAACAGGACUUCUAAUGUUGUAUUUGAGAUUCAUUUCUGAUAAUUUUAGCCAAGUUCUCUCCUGUUGCCUGUGGACCUGCUUACCCCAAACAUCUAAACAAGGAUUUAGAGGAAGAAAUGGCAAAUGCCUUGUUGGAGAGUUGCCUUUUACAGUUUGUAGUAUAUCCUUUGUGAGUCUAACAAUUUCUCUUUAAAAUACUUGUAUAACCUGGUGCCUUGCCCUGACACAGAGAGCAGUAUUUCAACAGAAGUUGACUCAGCAAUUACAGAUACAGGAAAGGAAAUCUAUUUACACAGCUAAUGGCUGGGCUUGUCUGCUGUAUCACCUCUGGCAGACUGAUGGAGCAGUGCCACCAGUUAAGUUUUGC